CCUAAUGUGCUGUCCGCCUCAACUCAACAGGCAACAAAGGAAGAGGCCGGCAGCUCCUCAAGUGUGCUAACCUAGUCAGUCAGAAAGGUGUCACCUUAUUGUGUCAUUGUAUGCGAGAAUAUAUGACCGCAUCUUUUUGCUCCCUUCCCCAGACGUACCAACCGUGGACAUGUCAACGCUGCCGUUAUUGUUGUGGACCGGGACGCAGAAUAACUCAAGCAUCUCAUGAAAGGUGCUGGAAGUGGAACUUCACCCAUUCAGUCAAGUCGAGUCACAUUUUCUCUGCUCAUCAUGGGUUUCCCGGCUCUGCUGUAUGCAUGGCUUUUGUGCGACGUGAUGGGAGGAUACUGUGGCUAGUACAUUCAUCAGCAUACAAGGAGAGAAAUCUCAUGCCCCCCUCCUUGGCGGAGGGCCAGUCAGAAUGAAGAAGAUCAGCCUGAAGACCAUCCGGAAGUCGCUGAGCAUAAAGGGCAAAGAGGACGGCGACUUUGCCAUGCUCCAGCAGGCACCCGUGGCGGCAGAGUUCUCAAAGGACGAGUCACUUUUUGGUGGCUGCUAUGCCAAAGACCUUUCCGUGUGCGAUUUGGGUGGCGAGGAAGACAAAGGUGUGCAGAAUAAGAACCGUUCAAAGAGCGAAGGCCUGAUGGGAUCACUUAAGAGAAGGCUGUCCGCCAAGCAGAAGGCAAAGAGUAAAGCCGGGUCCUCCGCCGUUGGCUCGACGGACGACGACGACGCCUUCUCCUCCUCUUCCGUGCCCAUCACCUUCAACGAGGUCAAAGCCCAGAGACCUCUAAGGUCCGCGUCGCUGCGGAGUCACCACUAUAGCCCCUCGCCAUGGCCUCUGCGGCCAGUCAACUCUGACGAAGCUUGUAUUAAGAUGGAGGUCAAAGUUAAAGCCAUGGUCCACUCGCCUAGCCCCAGCCCCAACUUGAAUGGCAUCCGGAAGGAAUUCAGCGAUUUUCAGAUGGACGGGCUCUUUCAGGACCAACCCGAAUCCUUCAAAAACCUCCAGCAGCCACAAAACGGCGAGCUGCAUCUAAACAUUGACGACAAUGACGUGCCUGUGGUGCUGGGGUUGACGCCCCAAGACUACAUUCAGUACACAAUGCCUUUGGAUGAGGGAAUGUACCCAGAAGGGUCCCACUCCUUCUGUCUGGACAGCGCGUCUCCUAUGGAGGUGGCGGCGGAGGCAGACAACGGGUGCCCGCUGAUGGAUCGGGGACCGGAGGAGCGGGAAAUGGUCGGCGCGUUGCCUCCGGAUCUAUUCAUGGACACCUCGGUUAACAGUCUUCUUAUCGGUUCUGCUGGCGUCGUGCUUCAAAGCUCGAGAGGAGACGUCCCGCCUCCCCUCUCUCCCCUCCUGCCUCCCAUGAGCAGUAGCGGUCGUUUUCCCAGGACGUUCUCUGGCUUCGGCUCCUCGGACAGCCAGGUUGCCGAUAGGGUUCGACACCACCUCAACUUUGAUCCCAAUUCAGCUCCUGGCGUCAGCCGAGUGUAUGACUCGGUCCAGAGCAGCGGGCCCAUGGUGGUGACCAGCCUGACCGAGGAGCUGAAGAAGCUGGCGAGGCAGGGCUGGUACUGGGGCCCCAUCACGCGCUGGGAGGCGGAGGAAAAGCUCAUCAACUUGGCCGAUGGCUCCUUUUUGGUCCGGGACAGCUCGGAUGACAGGUACCUGCUCAGCCUGAGUUUCAGGUCACAGGGCAAAACUCUCCACACCCGGAUCGAACACUCCAACGGACGCUUCAGCUUUUAUGAGCAGCCUGACGUGGAAGGGCACACGUCCAUUGUGGACCUCAUUGAACACUCGAUAAAAGACUCGGAGAAUGGUGCUUUUUGUUAUUCCAGAUCCCGCUUACCGGGGUCCGCAACCUACCCCGUCAGACUCACUAACCCCGUGUCUCGGUUUAUGCAAGUGCGCUCCCUGCAGUACCUUUGUCGCUUUGUCAUUCGUCAAUACACGAGGAUAGACCUGAUCCAGAAACUGCCCUUACCGAACAAGAUGAAAGAUUACCUACAGGAGAAGCACUACUGACAUACACAGGACAGUGGCGUCUAUUUUGCACUUUUGUUGUUCAGUGAGGUGUACAGUGGUCCCUCCUUUGUUGCGGGGCUUACGUUCGCGACAGUUGACAUCUGCUAAAUUUGAGUUCAUUUCGUUGGGCUGGAAUUCAGCCUCGAUUCAACCAUUACAACACACAGCUACACAAACAUAGCUCCCACCCUUCGAAACGCUUGGUACACUUCAUAACUAUUAAAAUGCAAACUUGAAGAAUGAAUACUAAAAUGCGGAUUACAGGCCGCAUUCCUCAAUUAAAGUGAGCCGAGCACGCUCUGCGCCCUGGCAGCGGACGAGGACCACAAAAUGUUGGCUAAUAACGACGUUAAAAGUUUUUCUUUUUAAUCUUAAAAUGGCUUACCCUCACUAGCAUCCCGUGUCUGGUGCGCCAGGGCAGUCCAGAUGGAAACAGUUCAAGCACGACCUGCUGAUUGGUUCAGAACACAGGCUGGCUUCAAAAUAUUAUUGUGAGGGAAGUGUGUGCUGCCUCUCUGAACACACACACACACAGACCCUCAGAGUAGUUCACCGCCAUCAGAUUUCCAAACACGCCCCACAUGCUCAUGGUCUCAGUUUUUGUAAAUGGAAUCGCGCCUCCGCAAAAAUAAAUACAUACAUGCAUUUCUUGACCGGUCCGACUUAGAAGGAGGAAAAAUUGCAAGAAAGCCUGCAAAAUAGCGACUUCAAACUGCAAGAGAUGAAGAUAUAAUGAGAAAUGAAAAACCGCAACAGAUUGAAGCCAAAAAAAAACCCAAAAUGCAAAGUAGUGAGGGAACACUGUACACAAGGUUUACAUCCACCUGAACCCUUUUAAGAUGAUUAUUUCUACUUGCAGGUCAACCACACACACAAUCAGCCACCGUGACUUAUUCCAGUUGCACAAUGAAAUGCUGAAACAAGGCCGAUAAGAAAUUCAAAAUGAACGGCAACUGGUGCAUUGGUAUGGAUUUUUAAAAUGAAUUUGGUGAAAUAAACACAUUUGUCAUUGAGCUUUUUGGGCUGAAAAAGCACCUGCAAAACCUGUCAAGCUGAUCGGUUUUGAGCAUGUUCUAGUUCAGCAUAAUACAUGAAAAUGAAUUCUCAUGUUUGCAUGCAUUGAUUGUUGUAGGAGACUCCUUGGAUGCUUUCCUAUCAUGAACUAAUCUUCUACACCUAGCCACGGUGUGACAGGUGACAGCUGUUCAACCGGCGAAUGUUUGCGGUCGAACAUUAGAAAGCACAAGUGUAGACUAAGAUCUGACGAUAACUCAUCAAUUGCAAAAACAAAUGCCACAUGACGAUGAAAUCAUCCUUUCAGGUGUUUUGUAUCGAACGUAAUGUGCGGCGACAUGUGUGGCAUGCAGGGCGCCACGGUUUACGGCUGUCUAAAAUGGAGACAUUUUAAGCAAUUUGGUCAUGCACAUUGAGCUUUAAAUUCACCUCUGGCUAUGUAGAGCCAUUCUCUAUUAUGCAAGUCUAACGGUACUGAUGAUGCUGGAUUUUUAAUUCUUUUUUUUUUUUUUUUUCUAUGUGCUGUUUUUGGAAACGGCAUUGUUUUACUCUUGUGCUCUACAAAUAACUGGGACCUAUUAUGCUUAAUGGUGAUUUAAGAUUCAAUGUACGCUAAAGUAUUGUUUCUAUUCAUUCUUUCCGUGACAGCGGCUCAUCACGACGUCUCGUUUGGUGUUCUGAUUCUCAGUCAAUAGCAAGAGAAAGUAUGGCCAAACCUUUGAGCGGUAGUGCGUUUUGCUAGAUUGGUUGUCCAAAGUUAAGCAUAACAGGUCCCCUUUUCAAGUAUUUUUCUGUUGAAGGAAUACUACACAGCAGCUCGAGUGAGGAACCGUGCUGCUCAUCCGCAUUGUAGUGAAGACUUCAACGGUUGACCUCAACGAGAUAAGAUGUCACAAUGGGCUUUGCCACAUUGCGUAAACCCAACUAAAGCUUUGAUGCGCUUUGUAAUGACAAACAAGUCGUCUAGAACCUAAAAGCAGACCUGUCGUCACUCGACCUGAAGCUGUAUGCAGUGACGCCUGCGUCGUCAAGUCUGACCCAGAUCAAAUGACUUCCCAAACCGGCGUGAACUCUGUGUGAAAGGAUUUGGGAAAUCCACGGUUGGCUUGAUGUCCAGGUCUCUCAGCUCAUGACAAUUCCAUUACAGUUGCAUAGUUAACCGUGUGAGUUUCCCAAAAACAAAAGAACUCAAAACACAGCAGGAAAGAGGGAAAAGCACAUCCAGCACUUCAUUUCAAAAGUGCUUGAUACGAAUACCUUGAGAGGGAAUUCUGGUGAUGUCAGUUCUCACGUUAGCGCCGGAGCAUUUGGAGACACGGUUCCUCAGACAAGGAGUAUACUGCGUCCGUUUAAUUGAGCUGAAAUGUACAUGUCUGAGAAAUGAGGAAGUCGGAAGGUGCUGCUUGUUAAAGGUAGUAGCGUUUUUGAGCGUUUGCGUUGUAUAGGAAGGAAGGAACUUGCUUCUGCUAACCUGGGGAAGUCGGAUCUUGUUUUUCUUUUCCGAUCUGUUGUUUGGUUUUGGCGACACUGACAUCCUGCCAAGAGUUCACCGUCGCACGCUAGUCACCGUUUCUUCAUGUACGCGUUUGGUUAACCGUAUGCUGUAUUCCGUUUGGUGUCAUACGAUGUGUGUGUGGAACAUGAAGGGGAAGGCACCAGCAUCAUGAAUGUGGAUGUACUUUUUGAUUGAAAUGUGAAAGUCGGAUGUUUUUGAUACUGUGUUGUUGUUUUUUUUUUUUUGUUAUGAUUUGCAAUCCGUUGUCCCGAUAUUGACGAGCGGGAACCCUUUUUCCACAAGUGUCGCUGCUGUGAUCCAUCGUCGCUUUAGCUUUUGACACCUCGAGUGUGUGGUUCCAGAGCUUGAUGCCUGUGCACGCUGCCGUUCCGCACUUAAACAUAUUCGGUGCAUCCUGAUGAAUGAAGGUGAUCGUUUACAGCAUUAUGAUUAUUAUUUUUGUAGAUGCCCGUCCUCUGUCCAUGUUUUGUUGACAUCUCUCAAAUAUAUUGGUACAAGUCCUUGUCACAUGUUUCCAUACAUUUUGUGCUGCUUACUGAAAAUGAUUGCCUUUCUUGUAUUUAAUAAUGAGGGGGGCGGGGGGUGGGGGGGUGCUAGAGUGUGGCCAACAUUGAUGUAUGUACACACAAUGGUGUGUUGUCAUCUUGGGAGAGCAAUGCAGAUUUGCAAUUUGGUCAAAACUAGAGUUCACUUCAAAAGAGCAUCCGUCGCGAUCGGGAAACACUCUGGGGUUACUCGUUCAAACCAGUUUACAAAUCGUUUGUUCACUUUCCAAAGUAGACAGACUUUUGUAAUUUCUUUUGUUAAUCAGCAGUGAUUUAUUGCACAUUUUGGAUACAGUUUAAGAGUUUUUGUAUCUGCCAGUUAUAAAUUAUAAAUAAAAAAACCCUAUAUUCUAAAACCUAU